AUGAUUCCCAGUUCCCACGAAAGGUCCCAGCGCCGUGGCUAUCUUCCUCACCGCUCCCUCCAUCUGCUCCGCGCUCGACUUCCCUCUCAACUACGCCCGCAACUCCCUCACCAACAUACUCCCCUGCGAAUUGUCUGCCUCGAAGGAGUCAUUGAAGGAGUAGACCUGGAAGUUCAGAUUAUGGAACAAAGAAGAGAUGGUGGCUACCGACGCAUUGGGGGAUUGGGAGGCGACGAAGUGAAGUUAUGUUCUGCGGGCAAGACGAGUGUUGGAGGACAGAGAGCAUCGUGA